AUGGGCACUAAAGUUCUCAUUUUUGCUUGCAUAGCCUUAGUUAUGGCUAUAAUGAUCACAUCCGAUGUUGCUGCUCGGGAGUUGGUUGAAAAACCAAAAACGACUGAGACCGCUGCAGGGUUUGACGAAGCCAAGUAUUAUGGAGGCGGCUAUGGCCGUGGUGGAGGAUAUGGUGGCGGAUAUGGUGGGGGAGGAGGUUAUGGCGGAUAUGGUGGCGGCUAUGGUGGUGGAGGUGGUUCGGGCGGUGGUGGUGGCGGUUAUGGAGGCGGCUAUGGUGGUGGGGGUGGUUAUGGUGGUGGGAAUGGUGGGUUUGGGGAAGCCAAAAACUACGGAGGCGGCUACGGCAACGGUGGAGGGUAUGGUGGCGGCUAUGGUGGCGGUGGCUAUGGUAAUGGUGGCGGCUAUGGCGGAAUGGAG